UAAGGUUCAUAACAGUUCUGACGUGCAAGGAAACUCGGAAAAUCGCAUAUCAAGUGAAGACGUUCCCAAAUGGCAGUUCCUUUUAUAGGUGGUGUAAUGGUUGGUGGAUUGUGGGUAUGGAGGUACUUUAGAGGUGAAAACGAUGGUGAUGAUCCUCCUCCUACUCCUACACCAGUAACGACUUGGACGACACAAGAAACAUACGAAGCGACAGCUUCAGCCUUUUCUGUCAUCACUGGUUUAAAGAUCAUAAGCGAAAAGGAUGUACAAAAGCUGCUUGAACUAGGCAAAGAGGUGAMAGCACUCGAAAUCAAGGAUGUCUUCUACGGUCACCUCAGCUCUUCCGAGACAGAAGCUUACGACCAAGAACAACUUUACUACAUCCCGGAUUCUGCUUACGAUCCACAGUACGACUAUGACUUUACGAACUACAAGGAAGAUGACACUAACUGCACCAGAGGAGACUAUCCAUACAAGAGGCCAGCUGGAUGGAACAGAAAGGCUGUCAGAGUGAACGGCAAGUAUGAAGAUGAUGUUUGGUUGGGACAACCAGGAUGGAGGGAUGGAUCUUCUCCAGGAGAAUGGCCAGUAUCCUACCAUGGUACGAAGAUAGAUAACGUCCCCAGUAUUGUGGCCGGUGGAUACGACACCAAUAGGAGUGUACGUCAACGGUAUGGUCCUGGUAUCUACUCCACACCAGACGUUAAAGUAGCUGAAGGUUAUGCUACAAAGUUCAACUACAAAGGAGAAAACUUCAAGUGCAUUCUCCAGAACCGAGUCAACCUGAAGAAGACCAAGGAGCAUAAAACACCCGACGGGAUAUACUUUGUAACUCCUGAUAAAGACGAUAUUCGUCCUUAUGGAGUGUGUAUCAAGAAAAUCUAAACAAGCCCGGUCGAAACCAACUACGACUCCAACGAAUAUUCCAUAACUUUUUAUUUGAACAGGUAUAUUUAGGAUUAUGGAAUAGUGACUUUAGUGGAAUAUUUAGGAUUUGUCUUCGCAAAUCAAUCAAUACGACGAGAAUUAUCCUUUUCAUGUGGAGUAGACUUGUAGAGUUUAGAAAAAGAAACUCACUAGAGAAUGAACUUAUUUAGGAUUUGUCUUCGCCAAUCGAUUUUCAUAGAUAACACUUUUGUAGAGACUAAGAAAAGAAAAUAGAGCACCUGGUUGCCCCUUAGCUGCAUGCUAAUUUACAUAUGCAUAUAUUCUAGACCUUUCUGCCUUUCUCAGAAUUUUAGGGAAGUACCGAGAAAUCGGCCUUGGAUCGUAUUUGACAAAACACGCAAUCCAGAACUAGAGCAUGACUAUAGUUUGAAUACCAGUAUCUAAAAUAAAUAUUUAGUAGUAAAA